AUGAAUGAUUUACCUUAUCAAGCUGAGUAUGCUAAGUCAGGGAGAGCAGCAUGCAAAGGUUGCAAACAGAAAAUAGACCAGGGAACUUUACGAAUAGCUGUUAUGGUGCAGUCGGCAUUUCAUGAUGGAAAACAACCAAACUGGCACCAUGAAGAAUGCUUAUUCAAGAAAAAGUGUCCUACAAUAGCAGAAAUAGGCAACUUUAAUAAACUGAAAUAUGAUGAUCAGAAACGAAUUAAAGAAUUAUUGGGUAGCACAUCUGGUGCUAUUAUGCCUGUUGAAAAGGGGAAAAAAGGUAAAGGAACUAAGAGAAAGGAUGAUAAAAUUCAGCCUGGACUUUCAAAUUUCUCAGUGGAAUAUGCAAAGUCAAGUAGGGCUUCAUGUAAGCAUUGUGAUAUCAAAAUUUGCAAGGAUGAAGUUAGAAUUUCAAAAAUGGUAUUUGAUCCAAGAUUUGGUGAUGCACCCGCUUGGCAUCAUGUUAAGUGCUUUGCAGAAAGGAGAGUGGAGUUUUUGUUCUUAGCAGGUGGAGAAGAUAUCCCUGGUUUUAAACUACUCAGUAAGGAAGAUCAGGCAGUAGUAAAAAAUGAAAUUAAACCUAUUGGUGCUGAUGGUGGGCCAGUAAAAAAAUUAAAGUCAGAACCAAAAGAUGCUGAAGAAAUAAAAAAAGAAAAGCAAUUUGAUAAAGAUAUGGAAAAGCAGAACAAACAAUUUCACAAAUAUAAGGGCCUGUUAAGUCAACUAAGCAAGAAUGAUCUACAUGAAUUGCUUGAAGCUAAUUUACAGGAAAUUCUGAAAGGCAAUGAAGAGUGUUUGGACCAUUUGGCAGAUAUAAUGGCUUUUGGAGCUCUUGAGCCUUGUCCAGAAUGCAAACAGGGUCAAUUAAUAUUAGAUACUUUUAACUAUAGGUGUACAGGAAAUAUAAGUGAGUGGACAAAAUGCAGUUAUACAACAAGGAAUCCAAAAAGAAAGCCUAUGGCUGUACCGUCAGCAUACAAAGAUGGGUCUGCAUUUAAACGAUACAAGCCCAAAGUAGCUGAAAGAUUAUUUGAAAACGCGCCGCUGCAGACAUUCGUUCCUGUGAAGAAGGAAGAAAAUAAUGUGAAAACGCUUCCAAACCCGCCUCUAAAAAACCUACAAUUCUUCAUCUAUGGUAAGUUUAAAGGCGAUAAAGAAGAAAUAAAAAAACGGAUAUUAAAAAUGGGUGGCCUUGUAACGAGCAAACUUACGGACACUUUAGCCGCUGUAGUCUCUACAGAAAAGGAAUUGGAGAAAAUGUCGAGCAAAAUGGAACAAAUCCAAGAGGAAGAUAUUGAAGUCGUGAAUGAAGAGUUUUUAGACGUGAUUAAUUCGAAAAUCGGGACUGUUUCUGAAACCUUAGAGCUUAUUAAACACCAUAACAUUGCACCAUGGGGAUCUGAUCCAACUAAGCGCGUCCCUCAAGACGUAAUAGAUGGAAAGUCUAUUCAGAAGUCUGGGAGCAUGUACGUUAAAUCGUCCGGAGUUACGAAGCUGAAGAUCAAAGGUGGAACUGCAGUUGAUCCAGAUUCUGGAUUAGCAGAUGAGGCCCAUGUCUACACCGAUUCCGAUGGUAACAAAUACACGGUGAUAUUGUCAAAGACGGAUGUUGUAGCUGGCAAGAACUCAUACUAUAAGCUCCAAGUUUUAGAGGCGGAUAACAAAAAAAAAUACUGGUUGUUCCGCGCUUGGGGGAGGAUUGGUACACCCAUUGGUGGCAACAAAGUUGAAGAUUGUAAGUCGCUUUAUGACGCAACUCAGAGAUUUGAGGAUCUAUACAUGGAGAAAACUCAAAAUCCUUGGGAGAUGCGCGAUGAUUUUAUGAAGAUGCCUGAAGCUUAUUAUCCAAUAGAAGUGGAUUAUGGCGAUGGCGAUGGUGACAAAGCAAAGAGUAAGGGUAAGAGCAAAAUGAAGGUCGACAAAAACAGCAGCUUAGCGCUACCGGUACAGAACCUAGUGCAGAUGAUCUUUGAUAUAGACACUAUGAAGAGAACACUACUUGAGUUCGAGCUUGAUACGGAAAAAAUGCCUCUAGGAAAGCUUUCCAAGAAACAAAUAAAAUCUGGCUAUAACGUGCUAUCACAGCUGCUUGGUCUUGUGCAGAAAGGAAAAGCUAGUAACAGCAAAAUAGUCGAUUCGACUAACAGAUUCUACACUCUAGUCCCACAUAACUUUGGCAUGGACAACCCACCAUUACUGGAUAGUGAGCAAAGCAUAUUAAACAAAAUUCAAAUGUUGGAUAACCUUCUUGAAAUUGAGAUUGCCUAUAGCCUUCUAAACACAGACGAUAAGGAGGGUGUUAGUGCUAUCGAAUCUAAUUACAAGAAGUUGAAGGCGGAAAUUGGCCCUCUUGACAAAAACUGUGAAGAAUAUCAGAUGAUAUCGGAAUAUGUUAAGAAUACACAUGGCGCUACCCACUCCAACUAUACGCUUGAGUUACAGGAGGUAUUCAAAGUGGUCAGGGAAGGCGAAGAUAAGCGUUACAAACCGUUCAGGAAGUUGCACAAUAGACGACUACUAUGGCAUGGAUCGAGGGUCACAAACUUCGCUGGAAUACUCUCUCAAGGUCUCCGUAUAGCGCCGCCCGAGGCACCUGUUACCGGAUACAUGUUCGGUAAAGGUAUCUACUUUGCCGAUAUGGUGUCUAAAUCAGCCAACUACUGUGCAACAAAUACUAGCAAUCCGAUUGGUCUCAUGCUACUUAGCGAAGUAGCACUUGGUGAUAUGAAAGAAUGCAAACAAGCAGAUUAUAUAACGAAGUUGCCGGCCGGCCUGCACUCGGUGUGGGGUCUGGGGCGUACGCAACCAGAUCCGGCGCAGAACAAAAUAUUGGAUGAUGGAGUGAUUGUACCUCUUGGGAAAGCCGUGGAAAAUACACAGAAAACCUCGCUACUUUACAACGAAUUCAUCGUGUACGAUGUUGCCCAAGUGAAUGUGAAAUACCUCCUACAGUUGAAGUUUAACUACAAAUACUGA